GCAGAUUUUUCAGGUAAGAAAAGAGGAUUAACCAAACCAAGAAGAAGAUGGGUGGUCUAUGGAGUCAGGAAUCUUGUGUUUUUGAUGUUGAAAAUUUAAUGGAUCUUUCAACUUGUGCAAACCAUACAAUUCUCCUCUGUUUUGACCUAUUUCUCAUCAUCAUCUUCUUCUUAUUCCUUCUGAUUCACAAGACAUCAUCAAAAUCUGUCAACUAUUACAAUAAGAUCACUCAUUUUCAUGGCUUUUCAAGUUGGCAAAUUGCAUCCGCCAGUUAUAACUCUGCAUUAGGCCUGUCAUAUCUCUGUUUUAGCCUUUGGUUAAAGAACACCACUUCUUUACAUGAAUGGUUACCAGUUUUGUUGCAUGGAGCAAUUUGGUUGUCAAUUGGGUUAAGUUUGAGUCUUAAAGGAAGAAGUUUUCUUGGUUCUUCAUCAAUAUGGAUAUUGUCUACACUUAUCUUCAUCUUUUCUGGCUUUGUUUUCGGUUUAUCGCUGUUUGCUGCAACUUUGAUUGAACAUUUCUCAUUAAAGAUAACUCUAGAUCUUCUAUUCCUCCCUGGAGCUGCAUUAUUGUUGAUUUGUACCUUUAAGUGUCACAAACACGAAGAAAUCGAGAAUUAUGACAUUCUUUCGAACGGCGAGACAACUCAGAAUGAUGAUGUUGGUUCCUUUUCAUUUUCUGGAUCUGGAUUUUUCAGCAAAAUGACAUUUUGGUGGUUGAAUCCACUUAUGAGGAAAGGAAGGGAGAAAACCAUUGAGGAAGAAGAUAUACCAAAAUUACGUGAACAAGAUAAAGCAGAUAUAUGCUACUUGUUGUUUAUAGAGCAACUAAGAAAGCAGAAAAGAGGCUCGAUUUUAAUGGCGAUAGUCAGUUGCUUCUGGAAAGAAAUUCUCGUGUCUGGAUUCUUCGCAUUCCUAAAGAUUAUCACUUUGUCUUCUGGUCCUUUGCUCCUUAAUUCUUUCAUUAAGGUAGCUGAAGGAAAACAGAGUUUUGAACAUGAAGGUUAUUUCUUGGCUAUAACUCUGUUUUUUGCGAAAAUACUUGAAUCCUUAUCACAAAGACAAUGGUAUUUUCGAACAAGACUUAUUGGUAUGAAAGUAAGGUCCUUGCUUACGGCUGCUAUUUAUAAGAAACAGUUAAGACUAUCAAAUUCCGCCAAGAAAAUGCAUUCAGCCGGUGAGAUAAUGAAUUAUGUAACUGUAGAUGCUUAUCGAAUUGGAGAGUUCCCUUUUUGGUUUCAUCAGAUAUGGACAACAAGUCUUCAGUUAUGUUUAGCUCUUAUAAUCUUAUACAAUGCAAUUGGUUUAGCUACAAUUGCAUCAUUGUCUGUAAUUCUUAUAACCGUCGGUUGUAAUGCUCCAAUGGCGAAAUUACAACAUGGGUAUCAAUCUAAACUCAUGUCGGCUCAAGAUGAGCGGUUAAAGGCUAGCUCGGAGGCAUUAGUUAACAUGAAAGUGUUGAAACUUUAUGCAUGGGGAAGUCAUUUCAAAAGGGUUAUUGAAAAACUAAGGGAAGUUGAGUAUAAAUGGUUAUCAGCAGUUCAAAUCCAUAAAUCUUAUAAUUUGUUUAUUUUUUGGUCAUCCCCUGUUCUUGUAUCGGCUGCGACAUUUGGUUCGUGUUAUCUUUUACAUGUGCCUUUAAAUGCAAGUAAUGUUUUUACAUUUGUGGCUACAUUGAGGAUUGUUCAGGAUCCUAUCACUCUUAUUCCUGAUGUGAUUGGAGUUGUUAUUCAAGCUAAAGUCGCAUUUGCUCGGAUUGUGAAGUUUCUUGAAGAGUCUGAACUUGGAAAUGAGAAUUGUUGUCGAAAUAAGGUCGGAGGAGAGGAGUUUAGCGUUUUUAUUAAGGCGGAUAGUAUAUCAUGGGAGACGGUUGCUUUAAAGCCGACGUUGAGAAAUGUUGAUUUGGAAGUUAGACCGGGUGAGAAGGUGGCGAUAUGUGGCGAAGUUGGCUCGGGAAAAUCUACAUUACUUGCAGCAAUUCUUGGUGAAGUUUCGAAUGUCCAAGGAAGUGUUCAAGUACAUGGAAGUAUUGCAUAUGUUUCUCAAUCAGCAUGGAUCCAAACAGGAACAAUCAAAGAAAACAUCAUCUUCGGUUCUUCAUUCGACAGUCAAAGGUAUCAAGAAACAUUAGAAACAUGUUCCUUAAUGAAAGAUCUCGAGUUACUAGACUACGGAGAUCUCACAGAAAUAGGUGAAAGAGGCGUUAACCUUAGCGGUGGACAAAAACAACGGAUUCAACUUGCCCGUUCCUUGUAUCAAAACGCUGACGUAUAUCUACUAGACGAUCCCUUCAGUGCAGUUGAUGCUCAUACCGCCUCAAGCUUGUUCAAUGAAUAUGUGAUAAAGGCACUUUCAAAGAAGACAGUGUUACUUGUCACCCACCAAGUUGAUUUCCUCCCCGCAUUCGAUUCAGUCAUUCUGAUGUCUGAUGGAGAAAUACAACAUGCUGCACCAUAUAACCAAUUGCUAGCUUCUAGUAAAGAAUUUAAGGAUCUGGUGAAUGCCCACAAAGAAACUGCGGGCUCAGAGAGACCGGCAGACACGAUUAAGAAUAAGGUUGCGGGUUCAGGAAAAGAGGAGAUAAGCGAGUUGAAAAUGAAGUUAUCGAGUGGAGUUGAAGAACAGUUGAUUAAACGAGAAGAAAGGGAAGUUGGAGAUACAGGUUUAAGGCCAUACUUGAUAUACUUGAAUCAGAAUAAGGGAUACUUGUUCUUCUUCAUUGGAGUCCUUUGCCAUCUUACAUUUGUGAUUGGACAAAUUCUUCAGAAUUUGUGGAUGGCUUCUAAUGUUGAGAAUCCAAAUGUUACCAUACCAUGGCUUAUUUCAGUUUAUCUAUUCAUAGGAAUUACAUCAACUGUCUUUGUGUUUAUUAGAUGUAUUUCAAACGUUUAUUUGGGAAUGCGUUCUUCAAAAUCCUUGUUCUCGCGGUUACUAAACUCGCUUUUUCGUGCUCCUAUGUCGUUUUACGACUCCACCCCAUUGGGAAGGAUCCUUAGUCGGGUGUCUUCUGAUUUGAGUAUUAUCGAUCUUGAUUUGCCAUUCAGUUAUUCAUUAAGUGUUUAUGCGACUAUAAACGCGUACUCUAACCUCAUUGUGCUCGCUUCCAUUACUUGGCAAGUCCUUUUCGUGUCGGUUCCUAUGAUUUAUAUAGCCAUCCGGUUACAGAAAUACUACUAUUCUUCUGCGAAAGAAUUGAUGCAAAUUAACGGGACAACCAAGUCUGUUGUGGCAAAUCACCUUUCGGAAUCCAUUGCUGGAGCGAUGACAAUAAGAGCUUUUAAGGAGGAAGAACGUUUUUUUGCCAAGAAUCUCCAACUUAUCGAUAUGAACGCGAGCCCGUUCUUUCAUAGUUUCGCGGCUAAUGAGUGGUUGAUUCAACGUCUCGAAAUACUUAGUGCAACUGUCCUCUCUGCAUCGGCUCUUUGCUUAGCUCUGCUUCCUCGAGGAACUUUUACUUCUGGAAUGAUUGGAAUGGCUCUAUCAUAUGGUCUAUCAUUAAAUAUGUCCCUUAUUUUCUCAAUUCAGUUACAAUGCACUCUUGCAAAUUAUAUUGUCUCAAUUGAAAGACUAAAUCAGUAUAUGUAUAUACCAAGUGAGGCUUCAGAAAUAGUGGAAGAAGCUAGACCUCCACUCAAUUGGCCAUCUGUGGGUAAAGUAGAGAUUCAAGAUUUACAGAUAAGAUAUAGGACCGAUGCACCAUUAGUCCUACGAGGAAUUAGUUGCACAUUUAAAGGCGGGCACAAAAUAGGUAUUGUUGGUCGAACCGGAAGUGGAAAGACAACAUUGAUCGGUGCCUUAUUUCGCCUAGUAGAACCGGUUGGGGGCAAGAUUAUAGUAGACGGUAUUGACAUAACAACUAUUGGACUAAAUGAUUUGAGAUCACGGGUUGGCAUUAUACCGCAAGAUCCAACUCUUUUUACUGGAACCGUCCGAUACAAUCUCGACCCGAUGUCCCAACACACUGACCAUGAAAUAUGGGAGGUUCUUGGAAAGUGUCAAUUAGAGGAGGUUGUGCAUGAGAAAGAACAUGGUCUAGAUUCCUUAGUUGUUGAGGAUGGUUCAAAUUGGAGUAUGGGACAGAGGCAGUUAUUCUGCCUCGGUAGAGCUCUUCUAAGAAAGAGCAAGAUCUUGGUUCUCGACGAAGCAACUGCUUCUAUCGAUAAUGCAAUCGAUUUGAUUCUACAAAAGACUAUUAGAACCGAAUUCGCAGAAUGCACUGUGAUAACCGUGGCUCAUAGAAUACCGACGGUGAUGGAUUGCACAAUGGUUUUGGCAAUGAGUGAUGGAAAGGUGGUGGAAUUUGAUGAACCAAUUAAGUUAAUGAAUAAUGAAGACUCAUUGUUUGGGAAGCUUGUGAAGGAGUAUUGGUCACAUUACCAUUCUGCUGAUUCUCAUUAAAGAUAUUUUAAAAUGUAUGUAUCAUGUAUGCAAUAAAGAAAGUUAUUUAAAAAU